UCAGAUUGUUAGUGCUUUUGGCGGGCGCUACUUAAUAAUUAUUACACUCUGUAGUUUAUAUUCUUUGUAAAGCUGGGAUUGGUGUCCGUAAAACGUAAUUGAGUGGUAAAUACAAGUUUGGAUUUCAUGAAACAUCAAGAUGUCUAAAAGGAAACCACACGAAAACUCCUGCCAGCAGGAAGUGAAGAAAAGCAAAGAUGAUGCGCCACCGGAGCAGGUAGCCAACACGGACUGGGACAUCGAUUCAUACCGAUCGCACUAUGAACCCGAAGAACAUUGGGAUCUUCGACGUAGAUUCAUGGAAUGUCAUCAAAACUGGAUUGCGGAAGAUGAUUUGGUUUGCCUAGCUCAGGUGUUCGUCAAUGUGGAGCUACUGCACUGCAGAUAUCCACUAGAAACCAUGGAAAGGUUAAAAGAACUAUCCAAAGGAAUCGCUGACGAAUAUAGAGAUUCGAGGAAAAACAAGCUGCAGCGAACAUUUGUAUCCGCUUCGGAUGCUGCGGCCUCGAAAGUACAAAGAAAGGGACCUGGAGAGCAAGUGCAACAGCGCAAUGCAGCGCAAGCGACGGCUUCAAGGAAGCACAAGCCCGUCCAACCGAUCAGUAACAUAGAAGAUGUUUAUAACAAUAUUGUACUGAUGAACAACGAUUACGAGCAAACGCAGAUCGAGUUCGAUCGUUUGGGUAGAGAUAAAAUGAUAAUUAUGUUUUCGAAGAACCCCCAGGGCAAGACUAUCGGCGAAGUUAAAGUGGGACAGUUUAUUCUAGCGAAAACAGAAGCCGAUGGCGAGAAGGCUGCCAGGAAAGCCGUAAAGCUUGAUUUCCUGCAAUUGAUGACACAACAUUGCUACUCAGUCAUUCGAAAAAAACGACCCACUCAGUUGACAAACACCAAUGUAGAGCGGAAACAGGUUGAAGGGGCAGUAGACCAUCGAGGGCGGAAGGUGGUGCAAGACUAUCAGGAGAAGAAGAUUGAUGAAAGUAAUUUGGGUUUUAAGCUGCUACAAAAGCUGGGCUGGAGUGGGGGAUCUCUAGGAUCGAAAAAUCAAGGAAUAGUGGACCCCAUUAAUUGCCAGAUAAAAAUCGGCCGACAAGGACUGGGUGGUGGUCCUUCUGCCAAGAAGCAAGGCGAAGAAGCCAGCAAAAAAGGAAAAAUUAACACUCGAAACGAAACAUAUGGCAUUGAUAUUAAUUUCUACCGGCAGAUGAUGCGCAAUUUCAAAGAUAGUGAACUUGAAUAUGAUUUGGUAUUCAGUAAUGAGUUUACCAAGGAAGAGCGUGCUUUGUUCCAUAACAUGGCACAACAACUACAGUUGAAAACUCGCAGCUAUGGUAAUGACAACGACGGAUCUAGGCAGUUUGUGCUUCUCGGACGGAAGGUGCCACCACACGAGCUGCUGGAGCGUGUUUUGGUCCAACAAGAUCCAAUAUUUUGCGAAAUGUACAAUGUGGAGCCUCCCAAUGGGACCCAGAAAGACGAACCAAAAAAUCGACUACAAGAUGAAACAGAUCAACCUCACCCAGAGAUCAUGACAAACAACGCAAACCAUCUAACGGAGUUUACACCUAUAAUCCCAAUCCAAACAGUAGAAGAUCUUCACAACAACAUUGUACUGGUUGAUAGAAAUUUCAUUCAGACAAAAAGAGAAUUUGAACUUCUGCAAUGCGGCAAAAUGGAAGUUCUUGUCACUCCCAUGGAAAACAAAUCAGGCAUGUUCGAAGCGAAGGUUCAAGUAGGAGCGUUUGUUCUAGCCGAAACAGAAGCAAUGGGACGAAGACGUGCCGAAGUUGCUGCGCAACGUCGCUUCAUGAAGGAGAUGGGCAACUGGUGUUAUAGAAUCAUUCGGCAGAAAAAAUCUGCCCUAAUUGUUAAAACCAGUGUUCAUCGAUCCGAAGUGAAUGACUACAAGGACAAAACAAUCAAUGACAGCAAUCUGGGCUUUAAAAUGCUGCAAAAGCAAGGCUGGAGCGGUGGUGCAUUAGGACUCAAAGGGGACGGUAUCCUUGAACCCAUAGCGUACCAAAAAGGAUUCCAAGGUUUCGAUCAGGAUCGUGCAAAGCAGUUCGUUGCGCGUAAACAGAAUGCGAAAUUUGACGUAGAACAUUACAUGCAAAUCAUUCAGGACUUCCGGGACAAUGGAGACGAGUACGAUUUGAUUUUCAGUGCGGAAUUCAGCAAAGAAGAACGAGCCCAGUUCCAUGAGAUUGCCGAUGACCUUGGUUUGAUGUCACGAAGCUUUGGAAGCGACAAGCAAGGAAGACAUCUACUUUUUUAUGGUAAAAAACUCUCGAUGCAUGAAAUACUGCAGCGAGUAUUCAUCCAGAAGGAUUCCUUUAUAAGCGAAAUGUACAAAGUGCAGUUACCCAACAGGAAAUUCGAAUGAUUCAUAAAAGAUGCUGU